GACUCACUUAACGUAUAUGUCUGUACAUAACAGUUUUACAGGCGUUUAUCAGAGGAAAUGACACAAAGAAGAUGGGAGAACAUGCCAGUGUCUCAGUCAAUACAAACAAAUAGAGGACCCCAGCCAGGAAGAGUAAGAGCUGUAGGAAUUGUAGGUAUUGAAAGGAAACUGGAAGAAAAAAGAAAAGAAACUGACAAAAAUAUUUCUGAGGCCUUUGAAGACCUCAGCAAGCUAAUGAUCAAGGCUAAGGAAAUGGUGGAGUUAUCAAAAUCAAUUGCUAAUAAAAUUAAAGAGAAGCAGGGUGACAUCACAGAAGAUGAGACCAUCAGGUUUAAAUCCUACUUGCUAAGCAUGGGAAUAGCUAACCCAGUUACCAGAGAAACCUACGGCUCAGGAACACAGUACCACAUGCAGCUGGCCAAACAGCUGGUUGGAAUAUUGCAGGUGCCUUUAGAGGAACGAGGCGGAAUAAUGUCACUCACAGAGGUGUACUGUUUAGUAAACCGGGCUCGAGGAAUGGAAUUGCUCUCACCAGAAGAUUUAGUGAAUGCAUGCAAGAUGCUAGAAGCACUGAAAUUACCUCUCAGACUCCGGGUUUUUGACAGUGGUGUCAUGGUAAUUGAGCUUCAGUCCCACAAGGAAGAGGAAAUGGUAGCCGCGGCCCUGGAGACAGUUUCAGAAAAAGGAUCCCUAACAUCAGAAGAGUUUGCCAAGCUCGUGGGAAUGUCUGUCCUCCUGGCCAAAGAAAGGUUACUGCUUGCAGAGAAGAUGGGUCAUCUUUGCCGAGAUGACUCAGUGGAAGGCUUGCGGUUUUACCCAAAUUUAUUUAUGACACAGAGCUAAGGGUUUUGUAUUUGAAAUACUUUUUGUCUAUACUUUUAUCUGGUAGAUUGUGUGACACUGAGCUAAGAGAUAAACCCCGAUAAACUGAAGAUUUAUUAGAAUUUCACAGAAUGAUAUAAAACUCUUUUAAUCUCUCYCUAAAUAUUAUGGUUCUGAAARCUUAUUUAGGAAUCAUAAAGGAAAAUACAGAAAAAUGAAUGCCAAUAUGAAUUUAAAAUCAUGCUAUAGUUGUGCAAAAUCCUCCGAGUUUAACUUGAAAUACAGUAGAUUUUGAUUCCCAAAAGUAACCAUUUAGUGAAGAAGGGAAUUUAAGUCCUUGAAGGGGGAAAAAGAUAAGUUGCAUGUUUGGAUAGG